CGGCGCCCCGAGCUGCCCGCGCGCUUUCCAGGCGGCGUCGCCUUCCCGCCCGCGCGCCCCAGCGCCCUGCACGCGCCCUCCCGGGCACAGCCCCGCGCCCCGCAGCGCCUCCUCCGCCCACCAUGACUCCGCGAUAACUUUUAUUGCAGCCUGGCUGCUCUCUUGUUUGUGUUUCUUCCCUCUGCUCGGUGCGCGCCGCUGGUGAGGAGAGCUGCAGAGCCAAUGUCCGGCAGCCGAGUCCGCCUGAGCCGUCCCGACGUGAACCUGCGACUCGCUGCUGCGCCUUUACAAUGGCUCUUACCUUGUUUGAUACUGAUGAAUACAGGCCACCUGUUUGGAAAUCUUAUUUAUAUCAGUUGCAACAAGAAGCUCCCCAUCCUAGAAGGAUUACCUGCACGUCUGAGGGAGGAAGCUUUUGCUGAUGCCUAGCCUGACUCUGGGUCAUCGCAACUUGAACGGAUUAUUCUGUGUCCUACACUCUGAGACCAGCAAGAAGAGACACUGUGGCACUGUGUAGCGUUACGUGUAAACACUUCCACCACCACCCCAUGUGGAGAACAGACCAAAAUACUAUGGACGAGAGUUUCAUGGGAUGAUAUCAAGAGAAGAAGCAGAUCAAUUACUGAGUGUAGCAGAGGGAAGUUACCUUAUUCGUGAAAGCCAACGGCAACCUGGAACAUACACUUUGGCUUUAAGAUUUGGAAAUCAAACCAGAAACUUCAGACUCUACUACGAUGGAAAACACUUUGUCGGAGAAAAACGUUUUGAGUCUAUCCACGACCUAGUGACAGAUGGAUUGAUCACCCUUUAUAUUGAAACCAAGGCGGCGGAAUACAUUGCUAAGAUGACCAUAAAUCCAAUUUAUGAACAUAUAGGAUAUACAACUUUAAACAGAGAGCCAACAAACAAGAAGCAUGCAGUUGCUGCGAGAGACACGCUUGAUGGCAAAGAGUCUACAGGAGACAAUGACAUAAUAGAAAAAAGACUGACAUCACUUGUCAGAAGAGCCACUCUGAAAGAAAACGAACACAUUCCAAAAUAUGAAAAGGUUCACAGUUUCAAGGUUCACACGUUCAGGGGUCCACACUGGUGUGAAUACUGUGCCAACUUUAUGUGGGGCCUCAUUGCUCAGGGAGUGAAAUGUGCAGACUGUGGGUUAAAUGUUCAUAAGCAGUGUUCCAAGAUGGUCCCAAAUGACUGCAAACCAGACCUGAAGCAUGUCAAAAAAGUGUACAGCUGUGAUCUCACUACCCUAGUCAAAGCGCACUUCACAAAGAGACCAAUGGUUGUCGACAUGUGCAUUAGAGAGAUUGAAUCUAGAGGCCUCAAUUCUGAAGGACUUUACAGAGUAUCUGGAUUCAGUGACCUAAUUGAAGAUGUCAAAAUGGCGUUCGAUCGAGAUGGAGAAAAGGCAGACAUUUCUGUGAAUAUGUAUGAAGAUAUUAAUAUUAUCACCGGUGCACUUAAACUGUACUUCAGGGAUUUACCAAUUCCACUAAUUACAUACGAUGCCUACCCAAAGUUUAUAGAAUCUGCAAAGACCACAGAUCCUGAUGAACAGCUGGAAAUCCUCCAUGAAGCCCUGAAACUACUGCCUCCUGCACACUGUGAAACACUGCGUUAUCUCAUGGCACAUUUAAAGAGGGUAACACUCCAUGAAAAAGAGAAUCUCAUGAAUGCAGAGAAUCUUGGCAUUGUUUUUGGACCAACACUUAUGCAUGCGCCAGAGAUAGAUGCCAUGGCUGCCCUGAAUGAUAUCCGUUAUCAGAGACUUGUGGUGGAGAUGCUUAUAAAAAAUGAAGAUAUUUUAUUCUGAACUCUGUUUGUGGGUGUGAGUGUGUGUGUCUGUCUUAAAUGGACAUCAACAAACUCCGGAGAUGAUGAAGGAAUGUUUUGAAGUAAUUGAGCCAGCUCCUGUAGCUGAGUUCCUAUUGUGAAGUUUCAGUGUGUGAAAGAUGCUUAUUCUGUGGCUUCUGUGACAUCAUUCAGACAAUGUUGAAAAAUAUUAAUAUACUGUACUUUCCAGUAUUAGAAAUAGUCUGGGUUGUUUCAUCAUACGUAGUACAGGAAAUUCAAGCUUACAUUAUCUGCUUGUUGUUCACCAACUUUUGUGAGGCUUCUACUUACAAAGGACAGUACAGGAACAGCGCAACAUCUGUGAUCUGGGGUAGUCUGUGAUUGUUAGCAUGUUUCUCAAUGUAAAUCUGUUGUGGAUUUCUUUUUAAGUUGGGUAAUUAGUUUCUGAUAUUUCAUGGGGGUGAGGGAAAGCAGAAUGCUGUAAACCAAGACCUCUAAGUAUUCAUUGACAACACCUGUCAUUCUUUUCCUACUUUGAAAGAUAAUUUCUUGUUAAGUUCCAUAACAAUUUUUUUAGUGAUGGAAUAUACUUUCUUCCACCAGAAACAUUCUGAUCGCCAAUUUAAGUAAUGCCUUUUUGUAUGGAUCCAAGUAAACAUGGCAACACCGACUGGCUGAGGAUUGAUUUGUUGUUACUUUAAAUUGUCUUUUUGUAUUUUUAUUGGGCAUGCAUAUUAAUUUAUUAAAGUUUUGCUUUUGAAUCUCAAA